GUCUGACUCCGCCCCUCCUCCACUGUUAAGAGACCAUUGGCUCUUUCUUUGAGGAAGCAGAGAAUUUCCUGGCGUUGAUUGGUUUCCGUCAUCGUUGAUGGGUUAGUUACAAACAAGGCGUGCCUGGUCUCCCUGGUGACGCUCUGCCGAUAGCCCGGAUUGGUUCAUGUCCUAAUUCCAUCUUCCGUCCCAACAGCGAGUGGUUGAGUCCCUUGACCGGGCGCGGCGGUGGUAGGUGUCGCGGACGGGAUUCCCGAGCUGACGUGGCUUAAAUUUGGAAGGGGGCAGCUGGUGCCUCCGGCCUCAGCCUCUUCCAGAAAUGCUGAGCCGAUUGUCAGGAUUAGCAAAUGUUGUUUUGCACGAAUUAUCAGGAGAUGACACUGAUCAGAAUAUGAGGGCUUCCCUAGACCCUGCAUUACCCCAAGAAUCUGACAUGGAAUUUAACGAUAGGACACAAGAGGAUGUUCUGGAGCGCCUGGCUUAUGCUGAGCAGUUGGUGGUGGAGCUAAAAGAAAUCAUUAGAGAGAAGGACAUUCAGUUGCAGCAAAAAGAUGAAGUUCUACAGGAAGAAAGAAAAGCUGCUGAUAACAAAAUAAAAAAACUAAAACUUCAUGCUAAGGCCAAAUUAACUUCUUUGAAUAAACACAUAGAAGAAAUGAAGGCACAAGGAGGGACUGUUCUGCCUACAGAACCUCAGGCAGAGGAGCAACUCUCCAAGCAUGAUAAGAGUUCUACAAAGGAAGAGACAGAAGUAGAAAAGAUAAAACAUAAACUCCAGGAGAAGGAGGAACUAAUUAGCUGUUUGCAAGCCCAACUUUCCCAGGCACAGGCAGAGCAAACUACACAGUUUGAUAAGAGUUCAACAGAGAUAGAAGAAUUUUUAACAAUGAAGCAACAGCUCCAAGAGAAGGAGGAACUCAUUAGCACUCUGAAAGCCCAGCUCAGCCAGACACAGGCAGAGCAAGCUGCUCAGUUGAGUUCCAUGCAGCAGGUGGUCCGAGAGAAAGAUGCCCGCUUUGAAACACAAGUUCGUCUUCAUGAAGAUGAGCUUCUUCAGUUAGUAACCCAGGCAGAUGUGGAAACAGAGAUGCAACAGAAAUUGAGGGUGCUGCAGAGAAAGCUUGAAGAGCAUGAAGAAGCCUUAUUGGGCCGUGCUCAGGUCGUGGGCUUGCUGCAACAGGAGCUGACAACCGCUGAACAGAAAAACCAGAUGCUCUCUCAGCAGUUACAGCAGAUGGAAGCUGAGCACAGUACUUUAAGGAACACUGUGGAAACAGAAAGACAAGAGUCCAAGAUUCUGAUGGAAAAGAUGCAACUUGAGGUGGCAGAGAGAAAAUUAUCCUUCCAUAACCUGCAGGAAGAAAUGCAUCAUCUUCUGGAACAGCUUGAGCAAGCAGGUCAAGCUCAGGCUGAACUACAGUCCCGGUACAGUGCUUUGGAACAGAAGCACAAAGCAGAAAUGGAAGAGAAGAUCUCUCACAUUUUGAGUCUUCAAAAGACUGAGCAAGAACUACACUCUGCCUGUGAUGCUUUAAAGGAGGAAAAUUCAAAGCUUGUCCAAGAUAAGAGUGAACAGGCAGUUCAUUCAGCCCAGGCCGUUCAACAACUGAAAGAUCAACUUCAGCAAAAAUCCAAAGAAAUUAGCCAAUUUCUAAGCAGACCAAUCUUGCAAAAACAUGAAACAGCAUCUCAGACUUCUCUCCCAGAUACUGAGGAUACACAGGCAGUCACUGAGGAGAAUAUUGCCUUUUUGCAGAAGCAAGUGGUAGAACUAGAGAAUGAAAAGAGAGCUUUGCUCCUUAGUUCUAUAGAACUGGAAGAGCUGAAAGCUGAGAAUGAAAAACUAUCUUCUCAGAUUACUCUCUUGGAGGCUCAGAAUAGAAGUGGAGAGGCAGAUAGAGAAGUCAGUGAGAUCAGCAUGGUUGAUAUUACAAGGCUCAAUAGGAGCAGCUCUUCUGCCGAGGAGAGUGGACAAGAUGUCCUAGACAACACAUUUUUUCAGAAACAUAAAGAACUGUCAGUUUUAUUGUUGGAAAUGAAAGAAGCUCAAGAAGAGAUUGCAUUUCUUAAGUUGCAGCUCCAGGGAAAAAAGGCUGAGGGGAACCCUGAGGUCCCUGACCAGAAAGAAAUGAAGCAGACAGAGAGUGAAGGAAUACCUACAGUUGGCAUGAAAAUAAUGCCUGAAGAUACAGGGCAACAUUUUCCCUCGAUGUCACAUGAAGAGAGCAGUCUUCCAACAGUUGAAAAAGAAGAGCGGAUGAGUACUAAACUUCAGAAUAGAACAUCUGAGGAAAUAUCUUUAAAUGACACAGGGAUGGAAUUAAAAUCAGUCGAGCAGGAUGAUAUUGAUAAACCCCCUUCUGCUGUACCAGGAAUUUGUCAGUGUCACCAGGAUGAAUUGGAAAGGCUAAAAAUGCAAAUUUCAGAGCUUGAAAUAAGCUUUCGUAAAGCAGAAGAUAUCUAUGAGGAAAGUUUAGAUGAGAAAGCUAAGGAAAUCAGCAGCCUAACCCAGUUGAUUGAAGAGUUUAGGAAAAAUGCUGAAAACACCAACAGCGCAUUCACUGCUUUGUCUGAAGAAAGAGACCAGCUUCUUUCUCAAGUGAAGGAACUUAGUGUGGUAACAGAACUGAGGGCUCAGGUACAAGAACUGGAAGUGAAACUUGCAGAAGAAGAAAGGCAAAGAAGACUUGACUAUGAAAGUCAAACGACUCAUCACAACUUGCUUACUGAACAGAUCCACAGUCUUAGCAUAGAAGCCAAAUCUAAAGAUGUGAAAAUUGAAGUUUUACAGAAUGAACUGGAUGAUAUACAGCUUCAGUUUUCUGAGCAGAGUACACUGAUAAAAAGCCUGCAAAGCCAGCUGCAGAAGAAGGAAAAUGAAGUGCUUGAAGAGGCAGAACGUGUGAGGGAUAUCUCAAAUAAGAUGGAAGAACUUUCCCGGACUCUUUCACAGAAGGAACUUGAAAUAGCAAAAAUGGAUCAACUCUUAUUAGAGAAAAAAAGAGAUGUGGAAACCCUCCAACAAACCAUCCUGGAGAAGGAUCAGCAAGUGACAGAAAUCAGCUUUAGUAUGACUGAGAAAAUGGUCCAGCUUAAUGAAGAGAAGUUUUCUCUUGGGAUUGAAAUUAAGACUCUUAAAGAACAGCUGAACUUAUUAUCCAGAGCUGAAGAGGCAAAAAAAGAGCAGGUGGAAGAAGAUAAAGAAGUUGUUUCUGGCCUUAAACAGAAUUAUGAUGAGCUGAACCCAGCAGGGCUCCUAAGUAAAGAAGAGCUUAAGCAUGAAUUAGACCUUGUGAAGAAAGAAAGUGAACAGAGAAAGAGAAAGCUCCAGGCAGCUCUUAUUAACAGAAAGGAGCUUCUACAGAAAGUUAGUAGAUUAGAAGAGGAAUUGGCCAAAGUGAAAGAUGAGUCUACGAAAGAGAUCCCGCUCAAUGAGUGUGAGAAGAGGGAAAUGGAGGAAGAUAAAGAGAGCAAAGAAGACUCAGAAAAAUGUAUGACUGCUAAGUGUCAAGAAAUAGAAAUUUCUUUAAAACAGACAAUAUCUGAGAAAGAGGUGGAAUUAGAGCAUAUAAGGAAGGAUUUAGAAGAAAAGGUAGCAGCUGAAGAACAGUUACAGGCUGUGAUCAAAGAGAUGAAUCAGAACUUGCAAGAGAAGACAAACCAAAUAGAUUUGCUGCAAGCAGAAAUCACUGAAAACCAAGGAGUUAUCCAGAAAUUAACCACAGGUAACAAGGAUGUAGGGGAUGGAGACUCAGCAAUGUCUGUAAAAGAAACAGUGGCGAUCAGUCCACCUAGAGCAGGUAGUGGAGAACACUGGAAACCAGAACUGGAAGAAAAGAUAUUGGACCUAGAAAAAGAAAAGGAGCAAGUUCAAAAGAAGUUACAGGAAGUGUUAACCUCUCGAAAGGCGAUUCUACAGAAGGCACAGGAGAAAGAAAGACAUCUUAGGGAGGAGCUAAAGCACCAGAAGAAUGACUAUAAUCGCUUACAAGAACAGUUUGAUGAGCAGAGCAAAGAAAAUGAGAACAUCAGAGACCAGCUAAGACAACUCCAGAUUCAGGUAAAGGAGUCUAUAGACAGAAAACUCCUGGGCAUUGACCAGCAGGAUCUAGGCUCUCCCACUCCAAGUUCAAAAGAGCCUUUAUUCAAAACCACAGAGCAGCAACCUGCUCAACUUGUUUCAGAGUCUGACUUGCUUUCUCAUCCUAAAGAUGCAGAUGCUCUGCAGGGCAAUACUACUUUUGCCCAGAUUAAGACCCAGCUGAAAGAGAUAGAGGCCGAGAAAGAGGAGUUGGAAUUGAAGGUUAGUUCUGCAACAAGUGAGCUUACUAAAAAAUCAGAAGAGAUAUUUCAGUUACAAGAGCAGAUAAAUAAACAAGGUUUGGAAAUCCAAAGUCUGAGGACAGCAUCCCAUGAAGCUGAAGCCCAUGCAGAAAGCCUGAGGCAGAAACUGGAAAGCAGUCAGCUAGAAAUUGCCAGAUUAGAACAUCUAAGAGAACUGCAGCCUGAACUAGAUGAACUGCAAAAACUCAUAGGCAAAAAGGAAGACGAAGUUAGAUACCUUUCUGGACAGCUUAAUGAGAAAGAAGAGGCCCUUAUGAGAGUACAAACAGAGAUAAUGGAACAAGAGGAUUUAAUCAAGGCUCUGCAUACACAGCUGGAAAUGCAAGCCAAAGAACAUGAUGAGAAGAUAAAGCAGUUACAGGUGGAACUUUGUGAAAUGAAGCAAAAACCAGAAGAGACUGGAGAAGAAAGUAAAGCAAAGCAACAAAUACAGAGGAAACUGCAAGCUGCCCUUAUUUCCCGAAAAGAAGCACUAAAAGAAAACAAAGGUCUCCAAGAGGAAUUGUCUUUGGCCAGAGAUACCAUUGAACAUCUCACUAAGUCUCUGGCAGAUGUGGAAAGCCAAGUUUCUACUCAAAAUAAAGAAAAAGAUAUAUUCUUAGGAAGGUUAGCUCUUCUUCAGGAAGAAAGAGACAAGCUCAUUACAGAAAUGGACAGAUCUUUAAUGGAAAAUCAAAGUCUCAGUGGCUCUUGUGAAAGUCUGAAAUUAGCUCUGGAGGAUCUUACUAAAGACAAGGAAAAUUUAGUGAAGGAAAUUGAAUCUUUGAAAUGUUCUAAGAUUGCAGAAAGCACCGAGUGGCAAGAGAAACACAAAGAGUUACAAAAAGAGUAUGAAAUACUUCUGCAGUCCUACGAGAAUGUCAGUAAUGAGGCAGAAAGGAUUCAGCAUGUCGUGGAAACUGUGAGACAGGAGAAACAAGAAUUGUAUGGCAAGUUAAGAAGCACAGAAGCAAACAAGAAAGAGGCAGAAAAGCAAUUGCAGGAAGCUGAACAGGAAAUGGAGGAAAUGAAAGAAAAGAUGAGAAAGUUUGCCAAAUCUAAACAGCAGAAAAUCCUAGAACUGGAAGAAGAGAAUGACCGGCUUAGAGCAGAGGUACACUCUGGAGGAGGUACAUCUAAUGAUGGUAUGGAAGCACUUCUUUCUUCCAAUUCCAGCUUGAAAGAGGAACUAGAAAGGGUCAAAACAGAAUAUAAAACCCUUUCUAAAGAGUUUGAGGCUUUAAUGACUGAGAAGGACUCUCUAAGUGAAGAGGUUCAAGAUUUAAAGCAUCAGGUAGAAAGUAAUGUGUCCAAACAAGCUAGCCUAGAGGCUUCUGAGAAACAUGAUAACCAAAGGGAUAUCAUUGAAGGGGCAACGCAUUCUGUCCCAGGUGAGUCUAAUGAGCAAGAUUCUCGGGGCAUGAGCGCAAGGCCCGAAGAUAUGGAAUCCAUUCUGUCAGAGAACAGUGCCAAGAAGCCUGAUGAAGGUGAGAAUGUCAGCUCACAUGAUGAAAUUAAUAACUACCUUCAGCAGAUUGAUCAGCUCAAAGAAAGAAUUGCUAAGUUAGAGGAAGAAAAGCAGAAAGAAAGGGAAUUCAGCCAGACUUUAGAAAAUGAGAGAAGUGCUUUACUGAGUCAAAUAUCAGCAAAGGAUGGUGAACUAAAAAUGCUUCAGGAAGAAAUAACCAAAAUAAACCUAUCAAAUCAGCAAAUACAAGAAGAACUUGCCAGAGUUACCAAGCUAAAGGAGACAGCGGAAGAAGAGAAAGAUGAUUUGGAAGAGAGGCUUAUGAAUCAAUUAGCAGAACUUAAUGGAAGCAUUGGAAAUUACUAUCAGGAUGUUACAGAUGCCCAAAUAAAAAAUGAGCUACUAGAAUCUGAAAUGCAGAACCUUAAAAAAUGUGUGAGUGAAUUGGAAGAAGAAAAGCAGCAGUUAGUUAAGGAGAAAACUAAGGUGGAGUCAGAAAUACGAAAGGAAUAUUUGGAGAAAAUGCAAGGUGCUCAGAAGGGACCUGGCAAUAAAAGCCAUGCAAAGGAACUCCAGGAGCUCUUAAAAGAAAAGCAGCAAGAAGUAAAGCAGCUGCAGAAGGACUGCAUCAGGUAUCAAGAGAAAAUUAGUGCUCUGGAGAGAACUGUUAAGGCCCUAGAAUUUGUUCAGACUGAGUCUCAAAAAGAUUUGGAAAUAACCAAAGAAAAUCUGGCUCAAGCCACCGAACACCGCAAGAAGGCAGAAGCAGAAUUGGCUAGCUUCAGAGUACUGCUAGAUGACACUCAGAGUGAAGCAGCAAGGGUCCUAGCAGACAAUCUCAAGUUGAAAAAGGAACUUCAGUCAAACAAAGAAUCAGUUAAAAGCCAAAUGAAACAAAAGGAUGAAGAUCUGGAGCGAAGACUGGAGCAAGUAGAAGAGAAACACCUGAAAGAGAAGAAGAACAUGCAAGAGAAACUGGAUGCUUUGCGUAGAGAAAAAGUCCACUUGGAAGAGACAUUUGGAGAGAUUCAGAUUACUUUGAACAAGAAAGACAAGGAAGUUAAGCAACUUCAGGAAAACUUGGACAGUACUGUGGCCCAGCUUGCAGCUUUCACGAAGAGCAUGUCUUCCCUCCAGGAUGAUCGAGACAGGGUGAUAGAUGAAGCCAAGAAAUGGGAGAGGAAAUUCAGUGAUGCUAUUCAAACCAAAGAAGAAGAAAUUAGACUCAAAGAGGAGAACUGCAGUGUUCUAAAGGAUCAACUUAGGCAGAUGUCCAUCCACAUGGAAGAAUUGAAGAUCAGUAUUUCCAGGCUUGAACAUGACAAGCAGAUUUGGGAGUCCAAGGCCCAGACAGAGGUUCAGCUUCAACAGAAGGUCUGUGAUACUCUGCAGGGGGAAAACAAAGAACUUUUGUCCCAGCUAGAAGAGAUUCGACAACUAUACCACAGUUCUCAGAAUGAAUUAGCUAAGUUGGAAUCAGAACUUAAGAUUCUCAGAGACCAGUCGACUGAUUUAAAUAACUCUUUAGAAAAAUGUAAGGAAAAUAAAGAAAACUUGGAAGGAAUCAUAAAGCGGCAAGAGGCUGAUAUCCAGAAUUGUAAGUUCAGUUAUGAACAGCUAGAGACAGAUCUUCAGGCCUCCAGACAACUGACCAGCAGGCUGCAUGAAGAAAUAAACAUGAAAGAGCAGAAGAUUAUAAGCCUGCUUUCUGCCAAGGAACAGGCAGUCCAAGUAGCUGUUGCUGAACUGCAUCAGCAACAUAAUAAAGAAAUUAAAGAAUUGGAAAACCUGUUGUCCCAGGAGGAAGAGGAGAAUAUUGUCUUAGAAGAGGAGAACAAAAAGGCUGUUGACAAAACCAAACAGCUUAUGGAGACACUGAAAGCCAUCAAAAAGGAAAACUUGCAGCAGAAGGCUCAGUUGAAUUCCUUUGUUAAAUCCAUGUCUUCUCUCCAGGAUGACCGAGACCGCAUCGUCAGCGACUACCAACAGCUGGAAGAGCGACAUCUCUCUGUCAUCCUGGAAAAAGAUCAACUCAUCCAGGAUGCUGCUGCUGAGAAUAACAAGCUUAAAGAAGAAAUUCGAUGCUUGCGAAGUCAUAUGGAUGAUCUCAAUUCUGAGAAUGCCAAACUAGAUGCAGAACUAAUCCAAUAUAGAGAAGACCUGAACCAAGUGAUAUCAAGAAAGGACUGCCAGCAAAAGCAACUCCUUGAUGCUCAACUUCAGCAGAAUAAGGAGCUGAAAAGUGAAUGUGCCAAAUUGGAAGAAAAGCUGAAGGAGUCUGAGGAUGGAAAGGAGGAUCUGCGGAGGUCCUCUCUUGCUCUAGAGGAGGAGAAACAAGGUUUGUGUAAAGAGACUGAGAGCUUAAAGAUGUCUGUAUCCCAACUAAAGAGACAGUUGACAGCCUUGCAAGAAGAAGGAACUUUGGGAAUAUUUCAGGCCCAAUUAAAAGUAAAAGAAGAAGAAGUACAGAAGUUAAGUACUACCCUUUCCUCCUCUCAGAAGAGAAUUACAGAACUGGAAGAGGAGUUGGUUUGUGUUCAGAAGGAGGCUGCCAAGAAGGUGGGUGAAAUUGAAGAUAAACUGAAGAAAGAAUUGAAGCAUCUUCAUCAUGAUGCAGGGAUAAUGCGAAACGAAACAGAAACCGCAGAAGAGAGAGUGGCAGAGCUGGCGAGAGAUCUGGUGGACAUGGAACAGAAAUUACUUUCGGUCACCAAAGAAAAUAAAGAUCUCACAGCACAAAUCCAGUCUUUUGGAAGGUCUAUGAAUUCCCUACAAAAUAGCAGAGAUCAUGCCAAUGAGGAGCUUGAUGAACUGAAAAGGAAAUACAGUGCCAGUCUGAAGGAGCUGGAACAGCUGAGAGAACAGGGCCUCGUAAGCAGGGGGAGAGAUGCUCUUGUUUCUAAAGUUGCCCUUUCAGGGAACUCCACUGAGGAUAACAGCUUGCCUCACCUCGAGAAACUUAACCAACAGCUUCUGUCCAAAGAUGAGCAACUGCUUCACUUGUCCUCACAACUAGAAGAUUCUUACAACCAAGUGCAGUCCUUUUCCAAGGCUAUGGCCAGUCUACAGAAUGAGAGAGAUCACCUGUUGAAUGAACUGGAGAAAUUCCACAAGUUGGAGGAGGGGAAGCAGAGGUCUGCAGUCCAGCCUGCAGCCCAGCCUGCAACCAGCCCAGCUGAAGUCCAGAGUUUAAAGAAAGCUAUGUCAUCACUCCAAAAUGACAGAGACCGACUAUUGAAGGAAUUGAAGAAUCUACAGCAACAGUACUUACAGAUUAACCAAGAAAUCACUGAAUUACGUCCACUGAAGGCUCGAAUUCAAGAGUAUCAAGAUAAGACAAAAAAUUUUCAGAUUAUGCAAGAAGAGCUAAGGCAGGAAAAUCUCUCCUGGCAGCAUGAGCUGCAUCAGCUCAGGAUGGAAAAGAGCUCCUGGGAAGCCCAGGAGCGGAGAAUGAAGGAGCAGUACCUUAUGGCUAUCUCAGAUAAAGAUCAGCAGCUCAGUCAUCUGCAGAAUCUUAUGAGGGAAUUGAGAUCUCCUUCCUCCCAGACUGAGGCCUUCAAAAUACAAUACCAAAGACAGGCAUCCCCAGAGACAUCAGCAUCCCUAGAUGGAUCACAAAACCUAGUUUGUGAGACAGAACUUCUUAGGACUCAGCUCAAUGACAGCCUAAAGGAAAUUCACCAAAAAGAAUUAAGAAUUCAGCAACUAAACAGCAAGUUCUCUCAACUGCUCGAAGAGAAAAAUACCCUUUCAAUUCAGCUCUGCGAUACCAGUCAGAGUCUUCGUGAGAACCAGCAGCACUACACUGACCUUUUUAAUCACUGCGCGGUCUUGGAGAAGCAGGUCCAGGAGCUGCAAGCGGGGCCGCUGAAUAUAGAUGUUGCUCCAGGAGCUCCCCAGGAAAAGAAUGGAACUCACCGAAAGAGUGAUCCCGAAGAACUGAGGGAGCCACAGCUCAGCUUUGCAGAAGCCCAGCAGCAGCUGUGCCACACUAAACAGGAGAUGAACGAACUGAGGAAGCUGCUAGAAGAAGAACGAGACCAAAGAGUGGCUGCUGAGACUGCCCUUUCCGUAGCCGAGGAGCAGAUCCGGCGGUCGGAGCACAGUGACUGGGACUCUGCCCGGUCUCCCAUCAUGGGCUCCUGCGGCACUCAGGAGCACGCGCUGUUAAUAGAUCUUACGAGCAGCACCUGCCGAAGGACCCGGAGUGGUGCUGGUUGGAAGCGGGUCCUGCGUUCACUCUGUCAUUCCCGGACCCGAGUGCCGCUGCUAGCCGCCAUCUACUUCCUGAUGGUUCACGUCCUGCUCAUUCUAUGUUUCACAGGCCAUCUAUAAACUGAAUUCUCACCUUUUCGGCCACUCCCCUCAGAACUUGGAAUUCCCUCACCUCUAACAUCAAAACCAUCGAUUGUAGUGGAACAGUCUUCCCACUUACAGGUCCUCUCUCCAACUCUCCACAGAAAGUGCCUGCACAAACAGAGGUGGAUGUGAGCCCAGGGCGGAGCUGCAGGGACCAGCGAGUCUCCUUUCUUCUACUGCCCGGGGCCUGAACACUUCUUUCUGCGUAAUCUGAGGAGGCCCCACCGUUGCUCGCUGAGCCCGGGAUUUGUUCACAUUUUCCGGGGCCCUGAUUCUUUGUGGUCCUGUGAAAAAUGCUGGGGAAUGUCUCUCAGCUGAGAAGAUGGUUCUAAUAAACCUAAUAAUCUGUAGUCCAGUAUCAUUUCAAUUGAUACUUUCUUUGCCUCAUUUACCUUACAUUUCUUCCUGCUUCAGAGGGAAGGUAGACCUGCCAUAAACGAAGUUCUGGGAAACAGGAUCUCAUGGAGUAGCCGAUUAGGUCUCCUGCAAAAUAGGGUGGGAGCUGAACAACUCUCUGGGGGUUUUGGCUGCCAGAUCCCAGGGUCAGACAGCAUCUCCUUCCCUGGCUGUUCGUACAUCACUGGAGUUAGAUCUGUGGUCCUGGACUAUAAGGAUAGCGUCCUGUUGUGUAUGCCCUUGAUCCCGUGUAUCCUGAGGUAGUACAUGGCCCGUGCCUUUCCCUUCAUCGAAAGGAAGAACUGGCUAUGGACGGUGGGAAUCAGAUUCUUUUUUUUUUUUUUUGGAAUCAGUUUCUUGUCAUUCCUGUGUUGUCUGGGCAUGCCUCGAAUUAGGCCCUAAAGCAGUAUACUCAGAGCUAGUCCUGGGUGGGACACUGACUGCCACUGGGGGGAUCUGACUGGCCUGAUGACCACGCCUGGCUUCUGGAGGUACCCAGCUACUCUGCUACUCAUGACAGUUAUUCCAGUUUCUCAGCCCGUAGUCAUCUGCCCUCUAUGUAACAGAGCUGAGGCAAGUGGAGGGUGAAUAUAGAGAAGACAGCAUUUCUAAACCUAAGCUGAGAAUGGCAGCCAGGACUGAAUUCCAUUUAUGCCUGUUCCUCGCCUCCCCUUCCCCCACCCUUACCUGCUGGUUAUUUUCUCAUUAUGCACAUGGUGUGUUCCCUGCCUGCUCUUAUCACCCAAAGAAGAGGGAAAACUGGUGGACUGAUUGAUCUGCUGUGAUCCUUUGUUCUGUGGUGACCAAAUCUUGGUCAUAGCAACCCAGGAACUUUCCUGAACAACUGUAAAAUAAUAAAAUUAUUUUCAGAAUCAAAAA